AUGAUUAAAACACCAAGCAACGCAGAGCCCAAACGGCAGCUGGCUGCCAAUCCCUCACCCCUAACCAUAUGGAACUCAAACAUCGAGAUUUCCUCCGUCGAGAUUUCCUCCAUCGAAGUCCUCCGUUUCCAAAUUGCCAAGAAAAAAGAAAAGCCAAGGAAAGAAAACCUCCCAGCUAACUCCCAGCUUCCCAGGGAAAAAGAAAAGCUGCAGAAGGGGGCCGCGGAGGAGCGGGAGGGCCCUUCGGGCCGGAGGGAGGUCUGCGGCGGUUGGCGAUGUGUGCCGCCACCCAGCCACCUCGGUCGCAGCCAUCGCUGA